CUUCUACUUCUUUCAUCGUCAUUCAAACUCCGAGUUCUUUUCCCUUGUAUCCCAUCUUCAAUCUUUCCAUCGAUUCGUUCGAAAUGACCUCCAAGAUAAUCAACCCUGAGCACUGGCAACCGAAUCCUACCCAAAUCAAGGAUCCAGACCUAGCACUAAUUAGAUUCUGUCAAAAUCCACCAUCUCAAGGACGUGGGGGUCCUACCCAUCACCCAACCAAUUCUUUUCUUGACUUGAACUUCAAUCAAUUUCAAUUUCCUUCCGGCGUCUUUCCGGCAACCUGCGAGGAUGGGUANUUCUCCAACGGCGCCAGAUUCGCCGGCUGCAUCCGCCUCCCGGUGCUCGUCUCCUUCCUCCACUGGACCUACCACCCGAGCAACCACACCGCCGACAUCGCGUACCGCCACGGAAGCGUCACCGCCUCCACCUGGGUGGCCUGGGCGCUCAACCUCGGCGGAUCCGGGAUGGUGGGGGCGCAGUGCCUGGUGGCCGUUCCCAGUUCCAACGGCAGCGUCCGCGCCUACACCACCGCAAUCAGCGGCUACAGCACGCAGCUUCAGCAGGGGAAUCUCAGCUUCCGCGUCCGCGAUCUCUCCGCCGUGUUCGCCAAGGGGGAGACCACAAUCUUCGCCACCCUCUUCCUCCCCGCGAACCGGACCCGGUUCAACACCGUCUGGCAGGACGGCCCCAUCUCCGGCGGCAUCCCUUCCAUUCACCGCAGCACCGGAGACAACGUCAAAUCUACUGGAAGCGUGGACUUCGCCACCGGACAGAGCGCCGGCGGAGAUGGCGGCGGCGCCACCUCUGUUAUGCGCCGAAGAAACGUCCACGGCGUGUUGAACGCGGUGAGCUGGGGGGUACUGAUGCCGAUGGGGGCUCUGAUCGCCCGGCACAUGAAAUUCGCCGAUCCGGCGUGGUUCUACCUCCACGUCGCCUGCCAGCUCACGGGCUACGGCGUGGGGGUGGCCGGAUGGGGCACCGGGAUGAAGCUGGGAUCGGACUCCAAGGGGAUAACCCACACGACCCACCGGAACAUCGGGAUCACCCUGUUCACGCUGGGCACUCUGCAGGUUCUGGCCUUGCUGAUAAGGCCCAACCCGGAGCACAAGUACAGGGUGUAUUGGAGCUGGUACCACCGCGGGGUGGGGUACGCCGUGAUCGCGCUCGGCGUUGCCAAUGUGUACAAGGGGUUCAACGCGCUCGGCGGGCAGAAGAACUGGAAGCGGGCUUACACGGUGGGGAUCAUCGCCCUCGCCGCCCUCGCCGUUCUCUUGGAAAUCAUUAAACAGAUCAUGGACCACAAGGAGAAGAAGAAGAACAAGGCCAGGCAAGAAACCGGCGCCGCCGCCUCCAACGGUGGACACUACGCCGCCUAGAUUCGGCUCCUGUGCCAUAUUUAUACAUAUACACCCUGAUGUUUCUUAGUGGCCAUAGAUCAUAUGUAUGUGCUUUUGAUUGAUUUUAGUUGUAUGCUCCAUUUUUUUUAUUACAUGAGAGAUCAGAUUAGAUAUGCUUAGUUGGAUCUUAGAAUCAAUUUUUUUUCCCCCAUUGAAUUCAUGUAUGAUUACAUUCGAGUUGUAUUACAUUGUGUUUUUGGUUAGUACUAAUUUAUUGUUACUUUUGCCAUUGUUACUACUUGGAUU